CACUGCGCAUGCGCGGCUCAGGGAGCACGCAGCACGGCGAUAAGAGCCGAAGAUGUCGGCUUGGUCAUGUGAUCAGCUGUGUCCAAUCACAGCUGAUCACAUGGGAUAUGUACAUUGAUCAUCAGGGCACUGAUGAUCAGUGUGCCCUGAUGAUCAGUGUGGCCCCAGAAGUGCCACCUGUCAGUGUCCAUCAGUGCCACAUCCAUGCCACAUAUUAGUGCAUACCAGUGCACAUCAAUGCCACAUAUCAGUGCCCAUCUGAGCUGCCUUUCAGUGUCACCCAUCAGUGCCAGUCAGUGCCACCUAUCAAUGCCAAUCAGUGCCACCUAUCAGUGCCACCUG